ACCAAACAAGCACACACCACCCCACGCCUGAGCAAACAAUAACAGGACUGGCAGCAACUCCGAGACGCUCCCCACCUCCACAAUGGCUCAUACCCCUGCUCCUGUACUCUCUACCACCGGAAUUCUGGGCAAUCUACUGCUUCCUCCUGCAAUUGCCCUCGAUCCCAACAACAAGAUUCGUGACGCGGACAAGAGAGCAGCUGUUCAAUUUGCGAUCAACGCAGCCGAACAUUAUCUAAACGAGAACAACCCGGCAGAACCAGGUCAUGUUGACCUGGCAGGUGUCGCGGACGCCAAGAUAUACGAAACGGUUGUCAUCAUGCACGACCAUUUGGAGGAACGCCUCCAGCAGCACAUUCAGGCCCUGCCAUGGCCUCAAGGCCAACAACCGCCUCCGUGGUUCAACGUUGCGGUGCAAAACGCUGUUCAAAACCAGGUGAAUGGCGUGAGGGAUGACGUUGUGAACAUGAGGACUGCAAUUGUGAAUCGGGUGAAUGGCAUCGAGGGUCAACUCAAUGGCAUGAGGAACGACAUCGAGGGUCAACUCAAUGGCGUGAGGAACGACAUCGAGAACCUGAAUGUAAAGAUCACGCAACUUUCCUCAUCCCUCACUCCCAUGGUGAUCAUGUCGCAAAAGAGAUGCAACGUUGCAAACCCCCCGGAUGCACUUACAGAGGUGUUGUUCCCCGAUGGAACUAAGCCGUGGGGGAAAGAAGUAACCAUACCUCUUAUACGUUGGAAGAAUCAGGACGAUAGGAAUGUCACCGUCACCCUCCCCCCCCUCAACAGCCUUGCUGCGAUCCAAAGUCUCAAAGACAAGCCUGAUAUGCUAAAUGGAUAUCUGAACGGCUACUAUUCAGAUUACUUUUUGAAUUCAACAAAGGAUGAAAAGCUCCGCAAGGUUCGGUUGGCUGUGGGACGAAGUUAGGCUCUUCCUGUACUUGGACAAUAAUGGACUGUGUGUUGAAACCAUGUGUACAGUAUGGUAUUCUUAAUAAUUUUGUAAUGGUGUCACUCCAAAUGGACUCUUUUCUCAUGUAGCAAACUUAUAUCUGGGAGUAUGGCCAGAUACAGCG